AUGCGCACAAUUGGUCUCCAUGUUAUUCGGAGGAGUAUUCAUUCACCAAAGGUUUCCAAACUAGCAGACUCGGUGACCCUCAGCGGAAAUUUGAUUCCAUCUGAGGAAGAACUUCAAAUACUUGAUGACCUACCAUUCUUCCGCCAUUGCUCUUCGAAACCCGACAGCAGUGUAUCCAAAAGCCGCAAGGCGUACUUAGACAGAAAAUUACCAAAAGUUCGCAAACUGUUUAAAGAUGAGGAAAAUUCAGCUUUUCUAUCAUAUCAUCUCCCCGAGAAGCUCAAGAACCCUUAUUUAGAUGCACAGGCACGAGCCAAAAUAGACCCAGUGAGUGGAAAAUUAGAGUUUGCGGGUACGCCCAGGCUGUCAGUAACAAAGCUGUUGACCAAGAGGUGGUGCGAGCUUCGAGAGACCUACGAUAUUUAUUCACAGAUCCCUAUCUAUGAACACGGGCAAGUCGCUGUUGGCCGCCGUGAACAUCAAAGACUCGAGGAUGAGGCACAUGUUAUUCCAUCCAGUGUUGAACUACUCAAGGAAGAGCUUGGCACUGAAGUACCGCAAGAUGCUACGCACACACUGGCGGAAAGCUGGUUCCAAACUAUGAUUCGGCUUCUUGCGCUUUUCCAGACAGGACAAGCAAGAGAAAUUCUGUGCCAUGGUUAUUUGAGCUCUAGAGACUGUCAGCUUGAUGGAGACGUUACAGAAGAAGACGCAGUUCUUGUCAGCGGAAUAAUUGAUCAUUUGGUGUUAAAACGGCGAAACGCAAAAGAUCCCACACCAACGCCACUCUUGAGUGACGAUGUUUCCGGAAAAGACAUCAAAACCAUCUUACAGAGCUUGAACGGUACAAUACAAAGAUCGGGCAAUGACCUUGAAGUCAUCGUCAGCGACGUCAAGACAAGAUCUACAAAGACAAUCCCUCAGCAGAGCUCUGUUGUGAACGCUUCGAAGAUUCAAGUGAUGUAUUACAGAUAUUUUUUAGAAGGUCUGAGUACGGAGGCUUCUCGUACGUACGAGAGACUUCUUAUGAACGCCAGAAAAAGAGGUAUCGACGUGGAUGCGCCUAUCAAUCCAGCCAAACUAGUUGUGUUGAUGGAAACGAGUUCUGUUAUAGCCCACGAUAUGAAGCGGCUACAAAAUGGUUCCCCCAUUGGGUUUGCUCCUUUCGAUGAAUUCUAUGGAGACAUCAAAUCUCCAAAGUACGAGUACAAUUUAGAGAGUUUCCGAAGUGUUAUAAAAAAGGCAGACACUCAUGAACGCUAUUCUGAUUUAUUUGUCAAAUGGGCAACGCCAUUGACUCUACGUUAUUUUGCUGCACGUCUUGCGCAGAUGUACACGAACGUGGGUCCAUUCCUUUCUAAGAAUUUGAUGAUAGAAUAUUAUUCUGGUAACGCGAAUUUUCACAGAAUGGCAUUUGAAUACAAAUUAGAGGACAUCAAGCACCAUAGUACUCAAAGUGCAUUGUUUUGGUUUGGUAAACGCAAUAUUGAACCCAUUAAACCUACCGUUAGAAACAUGCUAACGUAUUGCAAUUACUGUGACUACGAACAAAUAUGCUUGUGGAGAAAACAAGGUACCGACUUGUGCAAAGGUCUUGGACAGGAACUAGAAACGCUUCACAUGAAUGAGGACGUCAUACAGGUAAACCAACUGACAGCUACACCAGGUUCCUAG